AUGUCUGGGCGUGCUGGAAGACGUGGUCAAGACCUCUUAGGCAAAGUCUUCUUCUACAACAUUCCCCUCCCCAAAGUUCAGAGACUUAUCAAAGCUAGUGUACCAAAACUAAAAGGACAAUUCCCUCUAAGUAUUUCUCUGAUCUUAAGGCUCAUACUUUUAGCUGAAAAGGCUGAUGAUGAAGCUGAUGCUAAAGCAAAGGCUUUAUCAGUGCUGAAACACUCACUGAUGGCUUUCAACCAACCAAAGAAGCAAGAAAUGCUGAAACUUUUCUUCUUGUUUUCUGUGCAGUUUCUUGUUAGGGAGGGAUACAUCAAUCAAGAAGGCAAACCACAGGGAUUUUCUGGACUAGCAACUCAUUUACAUUAUCGUGAGCCAUCUAAUUUUGUGCUGAUCAGCUUUCUGGAAAAGGGUCUUUUUCACAAGUUGUGUGAAAGGUCUCUAACAAAUAAAGGAGGAAAACAAUUUUCUGAAACCGUGAUGGAAACUCUGGUACUUGUAUUAGCACAUCUUUUUGGAAGGCUGAGACUUCCACAUUCAGUUGUUGGACUAAAAGGACAAUUCAGCCAGUCAAAAGUGAUUCUUGAGGAGCUUCCUCCAGAAUUUGCUGCUGCAGCAGAGGAGUACAAUGAUGUGGUUGACAAAAUAUUUGGCACUUUUUUACUCUCUACCUCAAAAUUUGCUGAUAUGGAGCAAGAGUAUCGACUUCCUCUUUCAAAGAUAUGUAAGUACAAUGUCUUCAAUACUGCUCUUUUAUCAUAA